AUGGACAUGCUGAUCAGCAAUAGGCAGCUGAAAGAGAUUGAAAAGGAGGUGGAUGAGCCGAAUCGUAGAUGCAAUUUGCUAAUGUGCAAGAUGGCGGCCUAUGCUAAUCGUCCAGACCGCACUCAAAUGGACGAGUCUCAUUUGUGGCUGGCUCAAGCACCCCCAUGGCGGGUCCGAGUUGCCGCUGUACGGGGGCGGUUUUCUGACGACUUACCCAGCACCUUUUCUGUUGGCUGGUUCUCUUCACGAGGUCGCUGGAGCAACAGAUCGGUUUACUGCGUUAGCGACGGCGCAUUCACGUCGCCAUCUCGUGUUUCUAGGUGA